UGAAAACUCGCCAAAGUGAUCUAAGCCCUCGAACAGUCAAUUUACCCCGUUCGACAUAAAAAAAAUGGAGAAAUCAAUUUGCUUUCAGGAGCAGAAAGAUGAUAAGGUAUCGACGCUGCAAUGGCCGGAUUACCUCGUGAUCGGCGUAAUGCUGUCAAUUUCAAGCGGUAUCGGGAUCUACUACAGGUUCACUGGCGGUAGACAACGCACGGCCGAGGAAUACUUCUCGGCGAACCGAUCGAUGGGCGUCGUUCCUCUCGCGAUCGCACUCACGGUGUCUUUCAUGUCGGCGAUCACGUUGCUCGGAAUCAGCGCAGAAAAUUACGCCCACGGUUCGCACAUCAUGCUGCUUUACAUGGGUGGUGUUUUCGGCACACCGAUCACCCAAUUUCUAUACCUUCCGGUUUUCCACAAGCUCGAUGCCGUCAGCGUCUACGAGUAUCUAGAGAAGCGAUUCGGGAUGAAGGCUCGGCUGGUGGCCAGCUCAGCCAACUUCCUGCAGCUGUUGUUGUACAGCGGCGUGGUGUUAUUCGCGCCCUCGUUAGCCCUGGAAGCAACGACUGGUCUGUCAGGGACCACGAGUAUCCUGCUGAUCGGCGUGAUUUGUACCUUUUACUCGACCAUAGGUGGGAUCAAGGCCGUCCUGGUCACCGACAUCUUCCAGGCGUUGUUGAUGUACGGUGGCCUCGGAUGUGUCCUAGGUGUCGCUGCCAUGAAUCGCGAGGAUGGACUAGCCAGCGUAUGGAACAUCGCUAAACAGGGUGAACGAUUGCAGAUUCCCGAUUUCAGAAUCGAUCCGACGGUACGACACAGUUUUUGGGCCCUGCUGUUUGGCAGCACCACCAUCUUCCUGUCCAUGUACGCCGUGAAUCAGGUUCAGGUGCAACGUUUGCUCACUGCCAGGAGCUACAAGGUUUCGCAGAACGCGUUAUUGCUAAGUGGACCCAUUACCGUAUCACUGGGACUGCUUACAAGCUUCGCGGGUUUGGCCCUGUACAUGAUCUACAAGGACUGCGAUCCCAUCACAUCCGGCAAGAUUUCCAGCUUCGACAAAAUAAUGCCGUUCUUCGCGGCCGAACGAAUGUCGCGUAUUCCAGGCGUCACGGGGCUCUUCAUCUCUGGGAUCUUCAGCGCCAGCCUCAGUACAAUUUCCGCCACAUUGAAUUCUUUGGCCGCGGUGAUAUUGGAGGACUACUUGAAACCUUUGUGUCACAAAUUCAACGUGCACUUUCCGGACGAACGAGCAACCACGAUCGGCAAACUGUUGGCUGUAGUGAUCGGUUUCGUUUGCGUGGCCGUGGCCUUCUUGGCCAGAUCGAUGGGCUCGCUGGUCGAGGUGACAAUAGGAAUCUCCGGGGCCAUUAACGGACCUAUUCUCGGAAUUUUCACGCUGGGAAUGUUCGCGGAGUACGCGAACGAGACCGGUGCGGUCGUCGGAACGCUCUCGGCUCUGGUCAUAUCCCUCUGGACAGCCUUUGGCCAACCUAAACCGCCCGUACCCAUACUUCCGUUGUCCGUUGAUGGCUGCGAGAACUCCACCAUGUUCCUUAGUUAUCGAAACGCCACCAGCACGGAAGCGCCACCGGAAAACUCCUCCUACUUCUACCUGUAUCGUAUUUCCUACAUGUGGUACAGUCCCAUGGGAUUAGGCAUCACGUUGAUCGUCGGCUACCUGACCAGCCUGGUCGCGCGGAGGAUAUGUCACAGGGACUCUCGCGAACCUGAUCCCAAUUUGUUCACUCCCCUUCUGGCGUCCAGGAUCAAACGUCGGAGGGAAGAUGCCGAGAAAACUAGAAACAGUCAGGUGUUCGUGUUGGAGAGCAGAAGAUGA